UUUCCGCCUCCAUUUUGUCUGUUGUGUGUGUGUGUUUCUGAGCCAGUGAGAAGGAAUAACAAACACACUCUCCAACCGGUUUAUUUUAAACACAGGUCGCCAGAAAUGGACGGCAUUGGUGAUGUUGCAGUUGGCGUAAAGAGAGGAUCAGAUGAGUUGCUGUCUGGCAGCAUGUAUAACAGCCCCAGUUCUGGGCUGAGCAGUAUCAGUGAUGGAACGUCCAAUGGCAGCGACAGCAAAAAGCUUAGAGUUGAAGACAGAGUUGGCGACGCUCCACCGUCCCGCGUUCUCCACAUCAGAAAGCUACCCAACGAUGUCUCAGAAACUGAGAUCAUUGCCCUGGGGCUGCCUUUCGGAAAGGUCACCAAUAUCCUCAUGUUGAAAGGCAAAAACCAGGCAUUUCUGGAGUUGAGCACAGAGGAAGCUGCCAUGACGAUGGUCAAUUAUUACUCCGCUGUUACGCCACACCUCCGUAAUGUGCCUGUCUAUAUCCAAUAUUCCAAUCACAAAGAACUCAAGACCGACAAUUCAAACCAGUCAGGUGGGACCUUAGCAUCAGGGUCCAACUCCAUCAUCGGUGGGGGUGCACCUUCCAGUCCAGUGCUGAGGAUAAUCAUCGAUAACAUGUUUUACCCUGUCACUCUGGAUGUCCUGCAGCAGAUCUUCUCAAAGUUUGGCACCGUCAUGAAAAUCAUCACAUUCACCAAGAACAAUCAGUUUCAGGCGUUGUUGCAGUUCAACGAUCCAGCCAAUGCACAGCAAGCUAAAGUGGCCUUAGAUGGUCAGAACAUUUACAACGCUUGCUGUACCCUUCGAAUAGACUACUCAAAACUCAUCAACCUGAAUGUAAAGUAUAAUAAUGAUAAGAGUAGAGAUUACACCAGGCCAGAACUUCCUGCUGGAGAUGGGCAGCCUCCUUUGGAUUCGUCUAUGGCUGCUGCCCUGGGUAAAGACUCCAGCUCCCUGCUCGGUAAGAUCCCAGGUGCUUUAAGCCCGCUGAGUGCUGCUGCUGCUGCCGCGGCCGCUGCUGGAAGAGUCGCACUGUCGGGUCAGUCGGGGUCCGGUGGGGUCCUGCUUGUUAGCAAUCUAAAUGAAGAGAUGGUUACGCCCCACAGUCUGUUUACCCUCUUCGGAGUUUAUGGGGACGUGCAGCGUGUGAAGAUUCUCUUUAAUAAGAAAGACAGCGCGCUGAUACAGAUGUCCGAUAUGAAUCAGGCUCAGCUUGCAAUGAGUCAUUUGAACGGUCAGAAGAUGUAUUCAAAGAUCAUUCGGGUGACAAUGUCAAAACACCAGACUGUUCAGUUACCGAGGGACGGUUUGGAUGACCAGGGCCUCACCAAGGACUUCACAAACUCUCCACUGCAUCGUUUUAAAAAGCCUGGCUCCAAGAACUUCCAGAACAUCUUCCCUCCUUCUGCCACACUACAUCUGUCAAACAUCCCGCAAGACAUAACUGAAGAAGACCUCAAAGUCCUGUUCUCCAACUCUGGUGCCACUGUGAAAGCUUUCAAGUUUUUCCAAGAUCACAAAAUGGCUCUGAUUCAGAUGACAACUAUCGAGGAAGCCAUUCAAUGCCUGAUCGACCUCCACAAUUACAACAUGGGUAAUAACCACCACCUAAAGGUCUCCUUUUCCAAGUCAACCAUCUAAAGGAAUCGGAGAGGUCCUGCAACAUGUGUUGUCUAGCGUUACCUGUACAACUGUUGAAGUACACUGGGGACCACAGUUUGAGAUUUUUUCCAAUUUUCACCUAUCAUUCCUGAAGAAGAUGUUGAAAGAAUGAAAAACAGAAAUAUUGACUGUUUUUGUGGAAAUUUUUACCCCUCAUGCCGUUGUCCUGUUUGAGACAUUUAUACUCUCUUCAGUGGCAGAAAGGUCUUUUGGUGUAAAGUCCGAACUUCUUAUAGUAAGCAGGAAAAGAAUGUGCCUUACAAAACUUGCAUAAAUCUUUUCGUACUUCAUCCACAACCGAGACAGGCUCUGAGGGUGAGAAUAAUACACCGUAAAGUUUUGUUGACAAAAAUCCUUAUCUUUUUCCUUGUGUCUGCUGUGUUUAGCGCGUAAAAGCCUCUCCAAUGGUUUUCUCUUUUGCUUUGUGUUGUUUUGCAUUUUAAAUUUGUUUAAUUUGAAAUGUCCACAAAAAUGUUGUGAUUUUCAAGUGGUCACCACCAUGAGAUGUUAGGUCUGGUCGUAACCCACCACUCCAGCUAAACGUAGCAUCUUUUAAAGGAAAACAAAAACAAAUGGGUGAAAAUUUUGUAUGCAUUGUAAUUGCUCAUUCUUCUCUCUUUCUCCCAGGUGUAUAAGAAUUUAUUUUCUUUCGUACAUUUUAUUGGUCCUAAACAAAAGUUUACGUCAGAGAGUCAAUCCAGAGUUGCAUGGAUUUGAGAAGGCCUUCAUUACUUCCUAAUAUGAUUUGGAAAGACAACCAGAAAGGACCAAAAUUAAUGUGCCUAUAGUCUUAAUUUACUCCCAAGAUUGUGGAGCAUUUUAGUUUACAUCCUCUUUUGGCAGGAGUCCAUGGACAGGCUGAUGAUGGUGAUAUUGGUUGGCAAUGUAAUCUCGCCAUUCUCUUCCACACAUCUUCCACCAAGAUGUUUGAACAUCACAGGUGAACAGCCUAUAUGUUUUUUUUUUUUGUUUUUUUUUUUUUUUUUAUAGAGGUGCAAAAAGUUCUGUACAUUUUCUUUUUUUUAGUUUACUUUUUUACAUCUCCAGGAAUGUAUAUUUGGAAUAGUUUGGAUAAGCGGCACAAUUAAAAGCAAAUUUUUCUAACAAAUUCCGGAAGGUUUGGCUUAGUUGUGUGUUUUGAUCUUUCUAUUUGUCUUUCCUGUUCUCUGCUUUUACCUGUGGCAUGCUCAAUAAACACUUCUGUAUUCAC